GUUGAGAGUUGAGGUUAUGUCACAUUUGAGGUUAUAUUUACAAACAAAUCAAAGAAAUAGAAUAUUCUUGUUCUUUGAAACAAAUCACUAAAAUGCCUCUACCAUCGGCUUUAGCGGCCCGUUUAGCAAAAAGAGGGCUAUUAGCUUCCAAGAAAUCAGACGAACAAUCAAAGAAACGCAACUUCAAAGGUUGGUCGACUUGCCCCAAUAAAAGCAACAUUUAUCACGAAUGCACCUACUGGUGUGAGACCCAUUGGAAGGGCGUUUUAACCCCCGACCCUCGAUACAUGCGUAACAUGCAAAAACUCCUAUUUAGGUACCCUUUGCCCAACAGUUGGACUGAAGUUUUUGAUAAGGGAUUGGGACGCUACUACUAUUGGAAUAUGGAAAAUGAUUUGGUUUCGUGGCUGCCGCCGAGACACCCUAAAUCGGUCAAGACCUUAAGUGCGGCGAAAUUGCGCGAGAAACGGAUUUUAGCGGCGGAAAAUGACAAGUCUGAUAAAGGGUCAGACGAUAAUGACUCUGAUGAUGAUGACAGGAGUUACAAACAUUCGGAUAGGAGGGAGAGGGAUAGGGACAGAGAUGAUCGAAGACACAGGAAGGAGGAUAGACACGGGAGGAAGAAAAGGCGGGAGGAUAUUAUAGACCCCAUGGAUCCGGCCGCGUAUUCGGAUAUCCCCCAGGGAACGUGGAGUGAUGGUCUGGAGAGCAAUAAGUCGAGGGCUGAUAACACGGCUUCUGGGGUGCUGUACCAGCAACGCCCUUACCCCGCCCCUGGAGAAGUCCUAGCAAAUAAUAAUAAAGAAAAGAGCAAGAAGAAAUGAUUUGUGUUAUAUUUAUUAUCAAUAUAUCGGUUCAAAAGUCA